CGGAAUUGUAACAGUAGCAAACUGCAAAAUUAGUCAGCAUAGGGCUAACUAACCAUCCUCACCAUCGCCGGCCAACACUUUAGCAAUUUGCCGAAUCUGCGCCGAUACUCCUUACCGACGCUUACAAACGGCGAGCCUCUAUUUUGACCAUAUCUGAGGGUUGCACCCUGUGAAAGCAGAGAACGAAUGAGCACCGAUCUGUCUCAGUCUAUCCAAGCCGAUAUGCAGUCUGCCGUCGAUGACAAGUUUGAUAUGUUCGCCAUGUCGACGGGCGUGCCUGACUUUGUCAAGAAGCUGUUUAGGCAAGUAGCAGAUGAAGCACACCGCGAUAUUGUGUGCUGGGGGUACGAGGGGGAUAGCUUUGUGGUCAAAGAUCCAAACGAGUUCUCAAAGUUUGUCCUCCCGCAGCACUUUAAGCACAACAACUUUGCGAGCUUUGUCCGGCAACUAAACAAGUACGAUUUUCACAAGGUCAAGGUCACAGAGGAAAACAAGCGGUACGGCGACGAGGCCUGGGAGUUCAAGCACCCGAAUUUCCAGCACAACCGUCCAGAUCUGCUCGAGAAAAUCAAGCGAAAGAUCCCACCCAAGACAAAGUCGCUCGGAGGACUGGUCAAUGGACGGCAUGCUGACGGCGAGUUCCGCGUUAUCACCGAGGAUCUGCAGAGUCAAAUACACCUGCUCACACAUGCGCACGCCGAGGUCACCAUGUAUAUGCACCAGCUGGGCAAGCAGCAGCAGGCUAUGAUUGACGAGCUCAACGGCCUCAAGAAAAACAUGCAGACGCAGGACCAAUUGAUGGAGGAAUUUGUCCGGUAUCUGGUCAAUCAAGACGCGGCCAGCAAUGGCAGUCGAAGCAGUAUCAGUGCGGCUGCCGCAGUCGCUGCAGCUGCUACAGGUAUUGGUGGUCUGGGUACAAUUGGCCAUGUACCUGGUAUCGGCUCGGUCGUAUCGCCAGUGGGGACAGUCAAUGGAGUUGGGCCCCUGAUGGUCGGUAGCGACGCCAAUGUCAAUGGGGCUGCUGGAAACGGCUCCUUCUUGGGCGACAGCAGCAGCAACGGCAGCGCUAGUUUGUGUGUUGACUCUCAGUUGAAGCAGCAGCAACCACCCCAGCAGACACAGCAGCCACAGCUCUGCGAGCUCCCACACUGAUGCUCACAAUAAAAAUUGUUACUUCCCCCUUCCCACUUG